UCGGGCCGGCUCUGGCUUUCCACACAAGCUCAAUUACUAAGAAUAAUGGCGUCCAGUUAGACCAUAUUUUGUGCACGAAAGAUUUAUUUGAUAAUUAAGCCCUAAAUAAAAGUGAUCAUGGGUGCUGGUGAGGAUUUUCUAUUGAAAUGGAAUGAUCAUCAUUCUUUAUUUUUCGCUGGAGCUGAAGAACUUUGUGAUAGUGAAGAAUAUACAGAUGUUACGCUGGCAGCAGGACAAAGAUUUUUCUCAGCUCAUAAACUCGUAUUAAGCAUUUGCUCGCCGUUCUUCAGAGCUUUAUUUAAACGGCUGGGUGUCCACAAAUCUGUGAUAUUUCUGAAGGAUGUCGAGCCGAGGCAUUUAGAGCUACUGCUGGAGUAUAUGUACAAAGGAGAAAUUAAAGUUCAGGAGAGUGAGUUAGUAAACGUAUUGAAUGCCGCACAGAGUCUCGAGAUCAAAGGAUUAACCGACAGCGGUCAGAAAACAGAGUCAUCACAUUCUAAACCCGACCCACCGAGACCCGUGAAACGCCCAUCCCCUGGACCCGCCCCACACAUAGAAAACUCAGUACGAAAACGCCCCAGACCCGAGCCUACCCAGCCAAUCAUCAGUGCCCCGCCCCCGACCGCCGAAGUCAACGUGAAGGAGGAGCAGGAGGUUAUAGCAAUACCCUCGGAUACGGAGUGGGUUGAGCCGGGGGGCGGGACGGUGUCAGGUUACAAUGAGGAAGAGGAGGGUGUGUACAACAGCACUGUGGCUACCGGCUAUGAGGAGAUGGGGUAUGAAGGGGAGGAGUACUACAAUGAGGAGGGGAUGAUGAAUAUGGGUGAAGGAGAUGAUAGGGGUUUUGGUGAAGAAGAAAUGCGCCUGAUGGGUUUGAUAAAUGAGGAUGAAGGAAAAGGGAAGAAGAGAAGAAGAAACGGCGGAGGAAACUGUAUUUGUAUUGUCUGUGGGAAAGCAACGAGGGAUAAGUACAAUCUGAACCGACACAUGUUAACUCACUCCGGUAGACAAGGGGUUAAACCUUAUUCUUGUGAUAUUUGUAUUCCUGUUAAAGGAUACUUUGAUACAACACAGCUCAGGAACCACAUGAAAUCAAAACAUCCGGACAUCCAGCUCUCAUAAACAAAUGCAAGAAACCAUAGCUUCCAGAUAGAAGAUACCAUAGAUAGCUUCUAGAUACAAUAUACCAUAGCUUCCUGACAUAAGAUGCUAUAGCUUCCGGACAUAAGAUACCAUAGCUUCUGGAUAUAAGAUACCAUAGCUUCCGGAUAUAAGAUACCAUAGCUUCCGGAUAUAAGAUACCAUAGCUUCCGGAUAUAAGAUACCAUAGCUUCCGGAUAU